UCUGCUCCGGGAUCAGCUGGGCGAGGAGCGACAUCAGAGGAUACGGCAGCGGUCCGGGCGUGCCCGCCGCUCGGCCCCUCUCGCCUCUGCCUCGGGGGGUGUUUUUGGUUCGUGUUUUUUUUUUUUGUUUUUUUUUUUGUUGUUGUUUGCAAUUAAAACUACCUCAACAGACUCAACCUGAAGCUGGUGCUUUACUAUAUUUAAAAUCUCUUAGGCUUUCCUGUGGUGUUCUUGUUUACAAAAGCAGUCGAUGACAUUAAAGGUGAGGCCUUUGCACUGAAGCCAAGUGAAGAACCUCAUAAUUGCACUAUACAUCAUUAACUCAGCUAAGAUUUUGCUAGCUGUGAAGAAUCUCCUGCCACUGGGAAGGACUCCUCCAUCAAGAUAGAGACCCUAAGCUCCAUUAUCCUUCCUGGCCCCUGCCUGUGACGCCUGUCUCCACGCUUUGAGGCCAGCACUUGACAGUAGCUUCAUUCUUCUUUCCUCCCAUCAAACCAUUUCCCAGCCAUGUUCCAGCGUUUCACCAGCCUCUUCUUCAGUGACAGCAACACACCAGAGGGCCUGGAGGAGCCCAAACCCUUCGUCUCUGAGGAGGAGGAGGAAGAUGGAUGGCUCAUAAUUGAUCUUGCAGGUAGCUAUACCUCAACCUCUGGUGAAGAGCAGAGGGUAGGUGAGAGGGAUCCCAUUUGCCUGCCCCGGUGCUGCCCGGGGUCCCCCCCGCCUACCACUUCUUCGUCCCACACACUCCGUGACUGUGUUGGCAGGCCUGUGCCCUCCCAGCCCGACCCCUGCUUGAUGGACGAGAGUUGGUUUGUCACCCCUCCCCCCUGUUUUACUGCAGAAGGCCCCGGUCUCGACAGUAUGGAGAGCAAUCCCAUGGAGGAUCUCCUCAUCGAGCACCCUAGCAUGUCCGUCUAUGUCACCAGCAACAGCCUUGUGGUGGACAGGGAGAGCCCCGAGGAGAUCAGUGAAGGCAGGGAAGUGCCGGAGCCCCGGCUGGAGCGUCAUGCGCCGCACCACAGCACGUCUCUCACGGUGAAGGCGGCCAUCCUCGAGAAGGUCAGCCAGGCCCGGCGGGUGCAGCGGGCCAAGCAGCUGGCAGAGAAGCACCGGCUCAGCCAGAAGGCCCUGCAGCGGCAGAACCGGGCCCGCGAGCGCCCCUCACGGAGGAUCAAGCAGCAAGGCGGGAGCUUCGUCCACCAGCCAUGCCAGCGCCACUGCAACUACUAACCUCCGCCGGGGAGCCUGCACCACUGGGGCAUUAGCCGUUCAGCUCUCAGCUUCACCUCCUUUCUCCUAACACUUCCAUCAGUGGAGGGAGGCUUUCGCCUUCCUCUGACGCAAACGUCUCCCCAGGGAGAGCGUCUUCUCUGCUCUCCCCACUAGGAACACUAGUUACACCAGCCAAGCCUCACCAGGCUGCAGUUUCACUCCACCCCCUCUUACGUCCAUGUACUUCACCCCUCGCUCGUUACCUUCCUCCUCUUCCUCGUCUGCUGCUCCCUUCUCGCUUUCCUCCCCGAAUGCAGACCGAGCUGGGCCCAUGAAGAAGUCACCCAGUGCUGUGUGGCCUCAUGAGGCUGAGGUCUGCUUUCAAAUGUCAGGAGUUGCUCAAGUCUAGCUAAAUUUCAUGGAAUAACAUGGGUGUAAACAGUUAUCCCCAGGGAAACGAGGCUUCCUAGGUCAUGUUGCCCCUCAGAGCCCACUUCUUGCCCUCUUGCCCCCUGGCUUGCAUGCGUUUUUCCAUCUGCCCUGCCAGUGAUGCCAGUAUUUAAAUGGGAAAUUGGUAUUACUGGUGAAAUCUCCCAUUCUCCAAACCCAACAGUGGGGCUAUUCCGAGUUUAUGGAAAAGCCUGUCCUUUGGGUACUAAGGAGCCUGUGACAUCAGUGCCUUUCUUAAUGACAUCAUACUCUUCUACACAUAAACCGACCGUGAUGUCACCAACAGAGACAGAAGAGGAACAGACCAGCCAGAUUUGGUAUUCUUAGGAACUACAAUCAAUGCCACUAAAUAAGAGUAUUUCUUCCCCUCUCUGCCUCCCCUGCCCUCGCCAUUGCUUCUGGUGUUUCCCUGAAGCAGAGGGGAAACCUGAUCCUCUCUGAGAAAGAAGUCCUGCAGGGCAGCUGGACUUCGGCGUCAUCCCCAAGCCCCACACUGAGGCCACUGCUGCUCCACGCAGAGGCACCCUGACUCGCUAGGGGUGAGCCAUGGUGGCUGGAUGCUGCUCAGACCGACAUCUCAGACCCGGUGUCAGGAUGAUCUGGUUCAGGCUGCAGCAGCUGCAGGUCUGCUGUAGCCUUGCAGGAGAUCCAGCUGGCAUGAUGCUAUGUUGCUAUAUCACCUCUAACCCCUUUCAGCCCUUAAAAAAACAAAAACAAACGACCCCCCCCAAACCCCCAAGUCUAGGCUGUUCUUUGGGAGUUUCUGGGUUGCUGUAGGGAGUCUCACUGUGCUUGCUCUGCCUGCUCCAAAUUAGUCACAACUCUUAGGCAGCUCAUUGCCCAUGGGGAGGCAACCACGACCUCCUAGAAGGGUCUGAAUAAACCAACAUUGCUCAUGGUGGGAAAGUUCAGAGGUUCGGACAAAAAGAAAAGCAGCAACCCACCGCUUCCCCUUUCCCUCCCAGAGUUCUUUUACAAUUUUUACCUUGAUUAUACAAAACUGCCACUAUACUUCCCAAAAGGGCUUGUUCCAAGCAGAAGGCUGAUGGAAAUAUUUGUGGGAAGGUCAUUCAGAUGAUUGAAAAUACCACAGAGGAUCUUCAGAGCCAAAGUAUUGCUGCUGAUCAAGAAAGAACACAGAGGAAGAACAGUUUGGCACCUUUCCAUCUUGCUGAAAUCUUGAGAAAGGCUCUGCCCUUAUGGCUUGGGUGCCCUCCUAAAGCCAAUGCCCUGCAGAAAUCCAGGCAGGUCUUGGUGUUUUGUAUUUUUAGAGACAACCUUAAAAAAGAAAAAAAAAAAAUUCUCAGGAAACAAAACACUGGCCUAGCUCCAAGAACAUGCCAGCACCUUGCAGGAGCAAUUCAACCAGCCAUUCCUUGCUGUGAAGACAGAGAAGGAAGCCCGGGAGGAAAGGGAGGCCAAUCUAUGUGAGAGGCAGCUGCCCGGUACAUGUACAUCAGUAGGACAUCAACAACCCCAGAUGAGCAUUGAUCCCACCAAGCUGCUGGCUGUACUUGUUUGAGCAAGCCUUGUCCUUUCUGUGCUCCCUGCUCCUGGAGCAACUCACCUGCCCAAUCCAUAUAUAUGUGUAUGUAUGAUACAAACAUAUACUUGAAAGAAGCACUGGUUAAGCCAAGGAACAUUGGCCCGCCAAUGUUCAGGGCCUGCUGUCCAUAGCAAGGCCUGGGGUGAACAGCAGUGCCCACCUCCAUGGAGGGGAGUGCUGGUUCCUCGAUACCCUCACAGUCCCAGGAGAUUCUCUGUCAUGCUGCUAUCAUUGUGGGACAGCUGCUCUGCAUUAAUCCCUGGGAAGAAAGUGGAGAAGGGGACUUACACAGCUUCUCUGAAAUGGUUAAGUAUGUUAAAGCGCGUAGUGAAAGGAUGUGAGAUGAGAGGAAGUGAGGGAGAUGAUAGGGUGUGAAAGAGAUGCCAGAGGAAAGAGGCCAGACUAAGGGAAAAGAUGGGAAUGGGAGCAGCUGAGAAGUGCCAGUUCCAGGAGGAGAGCUGUAGAUCAUAUUCCUGCCUUGCUGGCAGGAGAAGACUAGGUCACCCUACAGCCUCCUAUCUAGGUAACCCAGCUGUCCAGUGCAGCUGGGUUCAGGCAAGAGGUCCAGUGCGUGAGAAUGUCUGUAGGAAACCCAGGGGUUUGGCACUGUUAUCGGACUAGAGCCAUAAAGUGAACUCCCUUUCUAUCCCUCUAAAAAUUGCAUCCUUUGACAUGAAGGGCCAAAUCCAAUCCUGGUGUAAUGCUGAUUUUUAAUGCAAAUCCCUCCCCUCCCCAUGACGGACUUGUCCUUGACUCAUUCUACCUUUAAAUGGGCACUGUCAAGACUGGCAAGAAACAACCUGCUCCAACAACAGCCAAGAUCAAUAAAGAGCAGAAUUUUGCUAAAAUCCCUUGGCCCCAUGCCUGUGCUUGACUGGUUUGCACCCCAUACCUGGAGUAAGGAUCCCAAUCUGUUCAUCGCGUCCUGCUCCUGGUCAGCUUCACGGAUAGUUGCACAGUGCUGCUGAGUCUGCAUUUCCACCACCUGAGACAAUAAAUACCCAGCCCCCACCCCUCCAAUCAUGGUUUCACUGAUGGUUCUUCCAUUCAACGGUAUUAAAUCCUGUAGUGUCGCUUUGGGAACUGUUUUUAAGUGAUUGUGUUAGGUCUAACCUCAGACCAAUCUUUUUUAAUGAGAGAAAAAGAAAACCUCUUCCCAGCCUCCCGGAUGUGUGACUGAGAAACCUGGAUAGCAUAGGAAAUGCUUGUCUGCAGAGUUUUUCUGUAGCACCGAUGACACAGUAUUUCCAAAAGCACAGAGGGUGAAAAUUAUUUUCGAAUAUCUUUUUAAAGCCAUGCUUUGGAGCCUUUCAGUUUCAAUUCUUCCAGGCCAGGUUCUUUUUAAAGUCCUACAGGGAUCUGCACGGAGACCUGAAGCCCUCCUAACAUAAGUGACCCACAAGUUCUUGCGUGAUGUGGAAAUGCAUCCUGCUCUGCCCUGCUACAUAGCAUGAUGCAGAGCAAAACACAGUGCUGGCUGCUCUGCUAGUGGAAAGAAUGUGUUGGAAGCUACAGCUGCUGGCAAGUCCGAGAACUGGACACAGGCUCCGAUUUGUAUUUGGCAUCCAACAUAUCCUGCAAAGAAGUCCCAGUUCGGAUCUACCUUCUGUAGCGUGGUCCCAUUUCUAAUAGCAACCGUACUGCAAAAUCUGCUUUCUGUUUUCAACAGAAGGCAGAGUUAAAUCUUCAUAGGCAGUAAAUGAGCUAUUUGCUCCUCUGCUUUUUCAUCCUCUCUGGUAAAUAUAGAGGUACCAGAGCUUGUUUUCACAGAGAAUAGUUUAUUGGCAGAGAGAAAAAAAGAGAUACCUUGGGAAGCCCUCAGUGAUCUCCCAUGUCGCCUUUGGCAUCAUCACUUGUCUCCAGGAGCUGGAGCCGAGAGAGGAGGGGUGAAAUCGUGUUUCCUCGCUGCUGAAAAUAACACCAAACUGGAGACAGAGAUGUGCUAUUUCAUUUGCAGUUUAGUCUCUACUAGACACUGAUGACUCUGUGACUUGAGGGGAAAGUUUACAUCCUUUUAUGUCCUUGGCUUCACAUUAAAUGCCUUUUUUUUUUUCUUUCCUUCCCCAAAGUGAUCCCCGAUAUGAACUGGGAAUGUUGCAUUUUUAUGAACAUCGAUAUAAGUGCUUGUGAAGACAGGAACGGGCUAGUCUUGAGCAUACAAGUAUUUCCUAGAAGAGGUUCAAGCAGCAAAGUAGGCCUGAGGCUAAAGACUGGAUGCUAUGUUCCUCGGUCAUCAUUCUUUCCCACCACCUCUGGUUCAUGUGCUCCGCUGCUACCAGGCUGUUUCCUGCCUGGACAACAGCUUUAGAGGAAUAUUUUUUUUAGUAGCCCAGAUAUAGGCCAAGAAAUCGACAACCUUCAGAAUUUUCUGCCUUCCAGCCCAUCUUUUAUCUAUUGCUGUUGUAAAUUGUGGCACCUGAGGUGUCACAGGUUCCUUAAUGGUCCCCUCCCAAAGCCCUAGGGCUGAAGGUGACACCUUACUUCCCCCGCUGCAACUCUGAAGUGAAAAUGGGCUGUGGGGCAGCAAAGCUGCUGGGCAUGCCAAUCUGCUGGGUGCAAACUGCUUGUGUCUCACAAACCUGGGCUUCCUGGGGCUGCUGAUCAGCUUGCAAACAUCACCCGCAUAAGAAACCCCUCUUCAAAACCGUACUCCGCUUUCCUGCUUAUCCCUCUUGAACCUGGUGGAAUUGAAAAUCUUGGCAAGCCUGAAGAGCUCGAUGGUGCCGGGGGAGUGCCCUGGGCACUGCUGGAGUGGUGGCUCUGUUUGGGACAGCUGCCGACCACUGUCAUCCCUUUCAAAUGGCUAAUGCUGUUAUUAUGUCCUAUUUUGAGGAAGUGAAUGCAAAAUGUUUCGUUUUCCUUUCUUCUUUCUGUGCCAGUCUGAGACAUCCUUCACCGCGCUGCUCCCAGCCAACACAGGAGACAAAGCAGAACUAUGAUCACACUUUAUAUCAAGAAUAUGUUUAUAAAGGGUUAAUAAAUUAUUAAUAAUGUUUUAAUUAAGAGGUUAAUCUGGCAUGGUCAAAUCCCACAGGUCGAUGGAGUGCUCUUACCACAGUAUGUAGGCUCCUGUGGUGCCUAUGUGGUGGCCCCUCAUUACUGUUUGCAAAUCUGCUUGUGCAUUAACAUCUAUUAAUCACUUAUUAACCCUAUACAAAGCAAAUAUUAAUGCACCUAUUAUAAAGUGUGACCCCCACUUCUUAUGCUGUGGCAGAGAUGUGUUUGAACUGGGCUUUGCAGAAGACUUGCAAUGCUCCUGUCCCAUACAAUAAUGCUUACUAGAAGAACUGGUCUGAUACCAAAUCUCUUGCCCCAGUGUUGUAAGAUCAAGAUUUACGCUGAGGUUAUAUGAGUUUCCUUGUAUCUUAAAACAAAUGAAAGGUGCUUAAAACUGACCACUUUUUUUCAUGUGUGCACAUGUGUGCAUGUGUAAAUAUUUUUAAACACAGAGUGGAUGUUCAGUGGUUUGUUCUGAGGUGUGGGGUUUGGGGGGUUUUAGGUUUUUGCAUUCAAUAUUUUCAAUUUGUGAUUAGGUGGGUGAAGCUCCCUGGGGGAGUUUAAGCAAACACAGCACUGGCUGGCAGGAAGGCUCCUGUUCUGAUGUCCUGCUUGAAGUGGUAGGUUGAGUUUGUUUGUUUGUUUUUUGAUUUUUGUUUUAAUUGUGUAGGGGGAAACUACAGCAUGGACUCAGGGACAAACAAAUAUGCUGGGGUCUUUAAAAGUGCGUAUUUCCAAAUUUCUCCAUCUGGGUAUAGGUUUCGUUUCUGUCGGUAAGGCUGUUUGGUUACUAAUCUGCAUGGUCCUAAAGGAAUCUGUUAGCACUGGUAGGACGUUUCCGAGAACUUUGUUAGAAAGCCUUUCUGAGCGCGCAUCGGGCAACAGGCUGGGCCAGCUGCUGCUUGUUGGAAGACAAAUUAGCCUGAAAAUUCACAUUACAACUGCUAGAAGACAACUGGUCCCUCCUUCAGCCUGGUGGUGUUAUAAAGAACUAGGUACAUGUUUUAAGCAGUAUGUCUGAAAAGGUGUAAGAAUCUUUUUGGAGCAAUCACAGAGAACAUUGUUGAUGCAAGGGACAGGCUGAUUUUUUUCUUUUCACUCUGGAGGGAAUUCUUCUAUUUCUUGCAAGAAAAGCACUAAAAAAAAAAAAAUCCUGGUGGAGAGACCCAGGCAAACCUCUGCUCAGAAAAAUGUCAACUUUGCCUCUGCAGCUUGAUCGUGCUGCAGACACGGUUGGCAGCAGCUCUAAGCUGGAGCUGCUUUGCUGAGCGGGCUUCUGCUGCCACUGGGAUUUGGGAGCUGGCACUCGCCCCGCUGUCGCCUUCCCAGUCCCACCCUGAUAUGCUGGGCACUCUUUUGGGGAAGACUGUGCCGUGUGAGUGGGCAGAGCAGGGCAAGCAUGGGAGCAGGCAGCAGGGGCACGAGCCCUGCAGAACUUCCUGGGGACGGCCACUGCACCCACCCUGCUGAGCCGACCUACGUCAUGGGGCGAUGCUUCCCACCCUCACAGAGUCCUGUAGUUUAGCGACUUUUCGAAGCAGUGUGCUGCAGACUUGCAUCUCAGUUAUAUUCUUUCACUGUGGGGCAGGGCAACCUGGCACAACACCAGCACUAUGGAUCACUGCUUCUAAAGCAGCUAGUGAAGCCCUUGAAGUGAACAGCAAGGCUCCCAUUAACGUCAGAAGGCGCAUGGGCGAAAUAGCCCUCCCAGAGGAGUGCCGCUCUUUGAUAUUAAAGCCAGAUUGCACCAGGGCACAUGGAAACCCACAUGUUCCUCCUAGGAAGAUGUGCAAUGCACCUCCUAGGGCAGCUCCCUGGGGUGGCUCUGCUUUGCACGCUGUGCAAACACAGGCGGCCAGCCACUGCAGUGGUGGCCCUUUAAUACACAGGGCACCUCACUAGCAGUGCACAGGAGCCACCAAACAUCUAUUCACUGAAUUUUGGCUUUCCCUUGAGCUUGAAGAUCCUGAGAGUGGGCUGAUGGGAGGUGGAAGCAGAAGGCAGGGGCCCUCCACCAGAAUGGACCUGCUCAUCCAAUACUCUGAAACUUGAAUAUACUUUCUAAAAGCAUUUGCUCUGUUGUAAAAGCUCAGUCUGGAAGGAAAAUAGUUCUUUCCAUGGGCGUCAACUUUUCUUUUUUAUAAUGGAAAAUGCAAAUACAUAGCUCAUCCCAAAUGUCACCUUCAUGGUGACAUUUCACUGUUUCUCUACGUGUCUUUCUAAUGAAUAGAUAACUUUGCAUUCAUGUCUUAGCAACAUUGUUUUCUCUUCCAUUCAGCCUCACUGGGGAGAAAAAUUCAUGAGAUACUCAGUUCUACUGGUCAGAAUAAAGAAAUGAAGUAUACGUACUCCUUUGAGAUUUUAUAAUUCAGUCAGAUGUUUUUAAAAUUGCUCCCAUGUAGGAUAAAUAGCUGUUUUCCACUGCAUAUGGUAGAAAUUAAAUUGGAGCUGAAAUUUUUUAAAAGCAAGCAAGCAAACAAAUGCCCAAAAGUUGAAUUAUUUAAUCACUAGAAAACAUAUCCAUAGUAAAAUGUGAUAGGAGUGCUCCAGCUAAGGAAGGUCGAGAAAAGGGAUCUCAACAUUUUCAUGUUGUGUCAGAACAGAAGAGAGUUUGAGGGCUACCUCUCCCUGCUUCACUGUGAAAAGAGAGUAGUUGAAAGGCCUGAGAACAUUUACAAGAGAGUAGCUGGUGCAAACGCUUCUUGGUAAGCCAUGUUAACGCUAGAUAGGGAAUCGUCAACAGCAUAGAAAAUACUAUUUUGCCAUUCUUUCCACAGAUGGCAUAGAUUCGCUUUCAACUUGGCUUGUGACUUUUUCCUCCCUGCCAUCAGAAAGGGCUGCUGGCAGAGGGAGGGACGUGACCACAGCCCAACCACCUCUCCCAAAAGCUCUCAAAUCUCUUCAGAUUGCCCGUGCCGGUUCUUCUCUUUCCUCGCAGUCGUUUCUAGCGGCCUCCUUGCCAUUGCUUCUCACAGUCUUCAGGGGCUCAGUCCUUAUCCCAUUGGCAUGAUCAGAGCUUCUCUCAAUGGGAAUGGGGUCAUUUAUGGGAGGCUUACCAAGCCACAAAACCCUUGGAGAGGCUGUCUUCUGUCUCUGCUCUCCUUCAGGAGGCCCUCCGAAGGAGAGAGCGCUCAUCACUGGCUUGCUCCUCCUUCGCAGAAAACAGGCCUUGCAUUUCAUGCAGUUAAGGAGCAUACGAGUAACCAGCCUUUCUUUCAUGAACUAACCUUCUUCCCUUAAGAAGAUGAGGAUGAAGAUGAGCAGCCCCAUUUAGUAUCAAAGACGUCUCUUAAUGCGUAGUCCUUUUUUUCGUGAGCAACAAACCUCUCAUGAGCUGCAGCUGGGUGAGUAUUUCAUCAUCUCUGCAGAGAAGUGGGAGAUUUUAUUCCUUGCAGAUGGAGACGGGGGGAACAAACACAGGAAGUUCCAGUGUGCAACUUAGAAAUGGGUUGCACAACGUAGGGGAGCCCAAAGUUUCCCUGCUGUUCUACCUUCAUCUUGCUUUUCAUUGCCUGGGAAGCUGCUAACAGCUAAGCUCAACCUCACCGAAGGUUUUAUCUUCAGCUCUGGCUCAUCACAGUUGUUUCUGGAGCUCUAGGCAUGAGGCAAUGGCUUAAGGUGUACCUGUAAUUAGUAACAGUCUUUUCUAUUGUACCAUAAAUAUAACCAUACUGUAGCAAUUGAGCGUCGCAGUAUUUUAUUUGUAUGUAUCAACCCUACAGGUAGGUAUUCUGCUUGUAAAACUCAUCUAUAUGCAUUACACACCUCCAUGCCGUAUUGACUGCGUAUGUGCCUUUCACCCUUUUCCACGGCUUGUCAUCUUUUAAAAAAAAAAAACGACCGCAGAACUUGAAUAAACCAGUGAACUAUAGUUAAAAGUCCUAUGCAAGAGAUGACUGGGAAUUAAAUCUUCGACAUUUCUGCAUUUUUAUGUUAUUUUAAAAGCAGAUGCUGGGAUUUUCGGAGGACCCAAUCGAAUUAAUUCCCUCAAUUGCUAAAUCUCUUUGGCAGCUUUGAAAGGCUCAGCCUGAAACCUGAUUCCUCACCAGUUUGUGCACGAAGACAGACUACUGGUGACAUACCUACCACCAGCAUUUCACCAAAACAGACUCAAUAUCCAUUUUUUUUCCUUUCAAAUGCUCAUCUAAAGAGAAAGCGCAAUUUGGGCUGAAAGGGUUGCCUUAAACCUUCCUUCAAAUGCGGUUGAGAGCAUUAUUUUCUAUUUUUACCACCUCUGUUCCCUAUCCUCCCCCCACUAUUGCUCGGAAGAAGAGCAGAUAGAGAGAGCAUAUGCAGCUGACCUGCUUAGGAUACAUACCUGCCGAGGAACCAGGAGCACAAAGGAUCAAGCAGAUCAACACACAGUAGUUCUCCAUCGGCCGUGUUCUGGCCGUGAUUCCACUCUAUUGCAUGCCUUACAAUAGCAGGACAACUUCAAAAGCUGGACUUUGGGAAGACAAAAACCCCCACGUUUUCUUCAUCACCAAUGCUGUAGAACUGAAACCUCGGUCAAACUUAACAAAAUACGUCCUUUCUGUGUGCUACAUGUUAAAGCAAUGUAAGGAAGGCUUGUAGAGAAAGGAUGCCUACUUCUCAUAGGACAUCGUUUAAACAUCAGCCGUGCGUCGAGAGACUGAAGGACACGACUGCCUGGAACAUGUUAUGUAGUGUGCCUGUGUGUAUGUAACAUGGUUUUGGUUGUUAGGUUGUAAUGCUGUCUUUUGACCGAAAAAAUCUAAUAUAAAGGAAAAACACAAGAAAUAAAAAAAAUAUAUUUAAAGCCUA